UCUGAUUAGCUUUUGAGAUUAAUCUCCUUCUUUUGUUUAAGAAUAUUUGAAUAUUUUUAUUUUACUCUUAAUAAGAAAAAAGAGAGGGUCUUUUAUGAUAUAAAUAUAUGAUCUUUUUGUAUACUAGCUAAAAAAAUAUGAAAUUAAAAUAUUUCAUUUUCAUGCGGUCUUCGCUCGUUCCAAUCUUUACCAAAACAGAGUUUCACACUUGUUGGCAACUAUGAAUUUUCUGGUUUCGAUUGCUAGAAAAAUAGCAAAGUACACAGUUGCUCCGGUUGGCCGUCAGUUGGGUUACAUCUUCCACUGUGGACGCAACGUAGACAACCUGAAAACUGAAGUAAAAGAUCCAAAACUCACGAAAAAAAAGAGGGAGGAUUUGGUGGUUGAAGCUAAAAGAAAAGGUGAUGAAAUUCGUGAUCAUGGUGAAGUGGAUGAUAAAAUCUUUGGAGGUAAUAAGCAGGACGGAUUGGAGACAAUAUUACCCUCUGGCUCUGACCAGUUUCCUCAAUUAAAGGAAAUGGAGCUGGUAGAUUUGCCCAAUCUUGUGAGUUUCUAUUCACGUCCACGUACCCCAAGAUUUCCUUCACUAGAAAUGAUAGAAGUGAAAGGCUGUUUGAAGAUGGAAGUUAUUUUCGCUUCAAAGCCCUUGAGCUUGGAAAGGACACAUGAAUCAGCACAUGAUGACAUUCCAAUUCAACAACCAUUAUUUUUUGUGGAUAAGGAUGCAUUCCCUAGCUUGAAGAGUGUAAGGAUUGAAGGCAUGGACUGGUUGAAGAGGAUAUGGCAAUACGAACUCCGUAAUAAUGCUCUUUCCUUUUGCAAAUUGGAAGCAGUGGAAGUUGAAAAAUGUAAGAAACUAAUGGGGGUAUUUCCAUUCGGUAUGCAUAGAAGCAGCCUUGGGAAUCUAACAAGGUUGGAAAUAAGGGAAUGUGAAAGGGUGGAAGAGAUAUUUGAAAUACAAAGAUAUUCAAAUUCUGAAGAAGAACAUCACAUAAUAAUAUCAAAUCUCAAGGAUAUAUGGCGUAAUGCUUCUCAAGGAACAUUCGCCUUCCCAAACCGUAUAAAGAAAGUUGAAGCUUCAAAAUGUCCAAAGCUGAAAGCAAUCUUUCCACCUUCUGUGGCCAUCGGUCUUUCUCAACUUGAAGAACUACAUAUUUCAGAGUGUGGAAUAGAAGAAAUUGUUGGUAAGCAGCAAGUAUUGGAGACAGUACCCCCUGGUCAUCACUUUGAAUUCCUUGAAUUACAGAAAAUGUAUCUCAAAAGUUUGCCCAAUCUAGUGAGUUUCAAUGAACGACCACAUACCUCAAGGUUUCCUUUGUUAAGAAUUUUAGAAGUGAAAAAUUGUUUGAAGGUUAAAGUUUUUGCUUCGGAAUUCUUGAGCUUCUUGAGCUUCCAAAGCAAGCAUGGGUCAACUCUUGAUGCUACUCCAAUUCAACAACCGUUAUUUUUGUUGGAUAAUGUUGCAUUCCCUAAAUUGGAAGAGCUAAAAAUUGUAUCUUGUGAGAUGGUGGUAAAGAUCUUUGAACAAGUUGUUGGUAAGAAGGAAGGACAGGGGACAGUACCCCCUGAUGAUGAGUCUGGAUUCCCACGAUUAAAGGAAAUAGAGCUCAAAAGAUUGCCCAAUCUGGUGAGUUUCUCUAAACACGGUGUCCCAAAACCGAAAAAAAUAAUUAUUGAUGACAUUGAUUAUGGAGAAUCCAAAAGGGAACCGAAAUCAGAAUCAAUACCAGAAUCAGAAACAAUAUCAUCUUCUAGUAGGACGGUUGAUAUUGAUAGCAUCAUAGCAAAACACCAGAUGAGCCACCACCCCAGUACUGCAUUACAAGAGCUCUGAACUGAAGAAGAUCUCGCUCCCUCAAACGUGUCUGCUGAAUAGCCAUUUGCUUCAGUACUCUCUGUCUCCUCAAAAAUGUACAUGUUGUCAUCUCUGCAAGUUUGGUGCCUCUCACGGAUGAUCAGAUUGUUGUGGUUCUCUGACCACUUUAGAGAAGAAAUAUGAGAAGAAAAAUAAAAAUAAUUCUAUUACUCUCUUGGAAAUAAAAUACAAAAAUAAAAAACUUCUCUCUUGGAUUCUCACGUGGAAUCUCUCUCUACACUCUCCAAUUCUCUCUGGAAUUGCUCACUCUUCUCUCAAGCUCUCUCUGGAACUUAUUGAGUUUGCUCUCUUGGCUUGAUUUUCAUGCAACGGGAAGGAGCCUAUUUAUAGGCUUACAAGGUUGGUUGCAUGGCCACAAUCUUCAACAGCUUAGCCCACAAUUGUUGAACAAUCCAUUCAGUGCAGCAAUGGUGUAAAAAAUGGUGGCUGUCAAAAAUGGUGGCUGUGGUUGGUGCGGCUGUGGUUGGUGCGGCUGGACUUCACACAGAUUAUACCGUGAAAACUAUGUCUUGAAUAAUUUCGUUCGGUAGCCCUGAAUUUUAGCUAAUUUCAAUAUUAGGUUGGCAAAAUAGUAAGCUUGCACUCUCUUUUAUUCUGUUUGGCUUGUACAUAAUUCUAUGUAUUCUAUUAUAAAAUGGAGAUAUGAUAAACAAAC